AUGGCUGAAAGUACUACUAGCAAAAAGUCCUUCAAGGGCUCCUGCCACUGCGGUUUCAUCACAUACACGCUCGCGUGGGAUACCGCAAGUGAUGGUGACCCAAAAGUAUUCCGCUGCAACUGCACCUGGUGUCAGAAACCCGGCUAUAAUAUUCUAAAGCUCGAGAACCCCGAAGACUUCCAAUUGCUUACUCCGGCUUCCAAAGACGAGAUGGGAGACUAUGCGCCCAGGAAAGCCGAGGUCGAUGGCCACCGUUAUUUCUGCAAGACCUGUGGGACGCACAUUUACCGCGAGGCGAAGUACACCUUCAACGGCCAGCAACACGAGUCGUUCACUGUUAAUGCUUUGAGCAUUGAUCAGCCGCAAGAAGGUAUCGAUCUGAGUGAAUUGUCGUACUCCUACUGCGACGGGCUCACGAACAAAUUCACGACGGGUGACAAGCCGUUCCCAGGAGGUGCUCCGUGA